AUGACAUUAAAAUCUGCACUUAAUCAAGCAUUUAAAUUAAAAAAUUAUAAAGCUGCAUCAAGUUUUGCUAAACGUUUAUUGGAAUUAGGACCAACACCUGAAGUUGCCCAACAGACUCGAAAAGUAUUAAGUGUUUGUGAAAAAAAUCCAAUUGAUGAACAACCAAUGAAUUAUGAUGAAUAUAAUCCAUUUGAUAUUUGUGCUGCAUCAUAUGUACCAAUCUAUCGUGGAAAUCCAGUAGUGAAAUGUCCAUUAUCCGGUGCAGCUUAUUUACCGGAAUAUAAAGGACAAUUAUGUCGUGUAACAAAAGCAACUGAAAUUGGAAAAGAAUCUCUUGGUCUUAGGAUUUCAAUGAGUCAAUUUCGUUAA